AUGUCCUCGGACACCUCGAACUCGACUGACAGCAGUGAAAGCAGUGACAGUGAUCAGGAUACUGACCAGAAAGGUGGCCAGGAUCGUGACCAAGAAAAUGACCAGGGAAGCGAUCCAGAAGCCAAGACCGCCUCGCGGGCCCCGCAGCACCACAACCCAAGCCAGGACGCGGCACGGGUCUCUGUGCCAGAUCCUCUUCCCCAGCCCUUCAGUGAAGACAGCAAUGCGCCACCAAACGACCAUGACAUGGACGUGGAUAGCGGGGCACCCGAGGAGACUCCGGGCCCCGCCAAACAUGCCAGCAUCCUCAAGAAGUUUGCCAAGUCCACGCAGAACCAAGACGUGUCCGAGUCUGAGUCGGACACUGAGAUGGAGGACGCAAAGGACUUGGCCCCGAUGCCGCAGCCCGAGCUACCCCGCGACCGGCACUUAGUGUCGCACCAGUUCCACCAGAAGAACUUGGAGUGGUUGGCGUCUCCGACGUACUCGCUGCCCGAGGUCACCCGGCCGUUCUCCGAGUUCGGCAUAUCGCCCAAGAUCCUAGCGAACCUCACGGCGUUGGGCUUCAGCAACGCGUUUUCCGUGCAGGUGGCCGUGCUCAACGAAGCCAUGAGCGACCUCCGCAAAAACAAGCUCGCGCCGGAUUUCCAGGGCGACAUCUUGGUCAACGCGUCCACCGGGUCCGGCAAGACUUUGGCGUACCUGAUUCCAAUCGUGGAGGCGCUCCACACGCGUGUCGUGCCGAGGUUGCGGGCAAUCGUCUUGGUGCCCACUAAGCCGUUGAUCAACCAGGUCGCAGCCACCCUCAGAAGCGUGUCCAAAGGCACGGUCUUGUCCAUCGUGUGCCUCACCAACGAUAAGUCCAUCAAGGACGAGGGCACCAAGAUCUCCAGGAACGAGCCGGACAUCAUCGUGUCUACCCCCGGGCGGUUGGUGGACCACUUGCUCAACGGGUCCAUUCUGAUGCAGGCGCUCCGGUUCUUGGUCAUCGACGAGGCCGAUCGAUUGCUCAACCAGUCGUUCCAGAACUGGUGCGAGGUGGUGGUCUCAGCCAUGGAGAAGUGCGCCCGGCAUUCGGAGAACACGGGCACGGUCUGGAAGUUGCAGCCGCAAAAGAUGAUCUUCUCCGCCACGCUCACUACUGAUGCGGGCAAGCUCUCGCUCUUGAAGUUCACCAAACCCCGCUUGAUCGUGGUCAACUCCAAGGAGCAGCUCGUCAACGAGAUGUUCUCGGUGCCCGCCACUCUCCAGGAACACAAGUUGAGAUUCAGCUCGCACAAGUCUGCUUUGAAGCCGCUUCUUCUCGCUAAGUUUUUGCUCCACACCAGAAAGCUCCAGUCCGUGCUUGUCUUUGCCAAAUCCAAUGAUGCUACUCUCAGGUUGGCGCGUAUAUUGAACGAUCUCUUUUCGCAGUUGGCGCCGGAGCUCAAGACCAAUGUUGCGUUCAUCAACGCCACCAACAACAUGUCGUCGGUGCGGAAGAGAAUCUUGCGGGACUUUGCGGACGGCAACAUCAACGUAUUGGUCGCAACGGACUUGAUUGCCCGUGGUCUCGAUGUCUUGUCCAUCACCGACGUCGUUAAUUACGAUGUUCCCAAUUCGUCUCGUGAAUAUGUGCAUAGAGUCGGUCGUACUGCCCGAGCCAACCACAAGGGUGAGGCCUUUACCUUCUGUUUCGGUAACGGUGAGAGCAGGUGGUUCAACAAUAUCAUGGUCGAUGUUGCGCGAGUCGAGCCUAUUAUCGAGUUAGAAGAGGAGCCGGUGCUGGAGCUCGAAAUGACAGUCUACAAGAGGGUCAUGGCGGAGUUCCAGGAGUCGAUGAAAAACGAAGGCUAA